AAUAUAUAUAUAUUUCAUUACAUUUGCAAUCAAAACGACAUUUAAACGCAAAAACAUCGAUAAGUUUUUUGUUUGAUUUUUAUUAUUAAAUUACUUAUUGUUUGAUCGGUUGUGUCUAUUGGCCACUACUCUCUCUCUGACCAACAAUUAUGGCAUUUCGGGUACAAUUUGAGGGUAACAACGAAGUGGGAGUCUUCGCCAAAUUGACCAAUUCGUACGCAUUGGUGGCCAUCGGCGGAUCGGAAAACUUUUAUUCGGUCUUCGAGAACGAACUGAGCGAAGCCGUACCGGUCAUACACGCGUCUAUAGCCGGCUGUCGUAUUGUCGGCCGCAUGACUGUUGGCAAUCGACACGGCCUACUUGUGCCGAGCACUACCACCGACCAGGAGCUGCAACAUUUGCGCAAUUCGUUGCCCGAUACUGUCCGUAUUGAACGGAUAGAGGAACGGUUGAGUGCAUUGGGUAAUGUAGUGGCCGCUAAUGAUUACGUGGCUUUAGUCCACCCGGACUUGGAUCGUGAAACCGAAGAGAUCAUUGUCGACACAUUGAAAGUUGAAGUGUUUCGACAGACAAUCGCCAAUCAAGUUCUGGUCGGCUCCUACUGUGCUCUCACUAAUCAGGGUGGUUUACUUCAUCCACGCAUUGCUGUCGAAGCCCAGAACGAGUUGUCAUCACUUCUUCAGAUACCGUUGAUCGCCGGAACCGUCAACAGAGGCAGCGAAGUGAUCGGAUCCGGUUUGGUUGUCAAUGAUUGGUCAGCUUUCUGUGGAUUCGAUACGACAUCCACCGAAAUAUCUGUGAUUGAGAACAUAUUCCGGUUGAAUGAAGCCGUCGGUCCCAAUGCCAUACAGUCAUCGAUGAGACAAUCGCUUAUCGAAAGUAUGACCUAAAAGUUUAAUGCAUUUAUUACAUUACCUGUAAAUGUCAUUAAUUAUUUGAUUAUUGUUUUAAUCAUUAUUUUAAUAAUUGUAUAAUUCAUUAAUUU